CCUGUUCUUGAACCUCUCGGCCUCUCUUCCGCCCAAAAACCACCGUCUUCUGCGGCGGAGCAACCCGAUCUUCUUCCGCGGCGACACACAACACACGCACCUUCUCGUUCAGCCAUGAGAUCGAUCCUUCCGAAGCGCAUCGGCAGAUCCUCUCCCGAGACCCACCCCCUUUCGCAGGCCCCGCGCCGAGCCCCUCCCGGCGACGCCGCGCCCGCCGUCUGCGUCCGCGACCGCGGCCUCGACCACGCCGUCGAGAGAGAGAAGUUCUUGAUCCCCGUCGUCAACCUCAAGAACCUCCUCAAGUCGGAGCCCUCGAGGUCGCUCCCCAUCUCCGCCAUCGCCGAGUGCAGGGACGACCUCCGCAUCCCGAUUCGGCCCAUCGACUUCGUUCGCCGGUACCCUUCGAUCUUCGCGGAAUUCUUGCCCCGGAACGUCGGGGUCCACCCCCAUUUCAAGCUCACGGAUGAGGUUCUGGAGCUGGAUGCGGAAGAGCAGCUGGUUUAUCAGAGGGAGAGCUACAGGCAGGAGGCUGCGGAUAGGGUCCUGAAGCUGCUGAUGAUGUCGAAGGUCCUCAAGAUGCCGUUGGACAUUAUUGAUGAGCUGAAAUGGGACAUGGGUUUGCCCCAAGAUUUUGUUCAGAGCAUAGUUCCGGAGUUCCCUGACUAUUUUCGAGUAGCGGAUGGCGAGGGAGUUCGAGUUCUUGAAUUGGUUUGUUGGAGCAGCGACUUGGCGAAAUCGAUCAUGGAAAAGAGAGCGGUUAAUCGUGCGAAAGGUACGCCAGUCGAGUUCACUAUGCAUUUUUCAAAAGGUUUUGAGGUGGAUAAGAAGUUAAAGAAGUGGAUUGACGAUUGGAAGAAGCUCCCUUACAUUUCCCCUUACGAAAAUGGGUUGCAUUUAUCGCAAAGUAGUGAUGAAUCUGAUAAAUGGGCUGUUGCUGUCUUACAUGAGCUUCUAAAUCUUUUUGUUUCCAAGAAGACAGAGAGGGAUACAAUGUUUUGUGUCGGGGAGUAUUUGGGGGUUCGGUCGAGGUUUAAGAGAGCACUGCUUGAUCAUCCGGGCAUCUUUUAUGUUUCGAGUAAGAAUAGAACCCACACUGUGGUUUUGAAAGAGGCAUUUAGAAGGGGUUCCUUAAUUGAGCAGCAUCCUUUGAUGGAUAUGAGGAAUAGAUACAUUCACCUGAUGAACACGGUGAAGGAAGAGAAGAAAGCGACCACCACGUCUGGUUCUAAGCAACCGAAGAAGGUCUCCAAUGGUUCUGAGCAUCAAAGAGAAGUAGAGGAUGAAAAUGGGGACGAGGAUGAUGCUGAUGGUAUGUCAGAUUCUGAGGUUGAGGAUGAUGAUGAAGAUGACGACUCUGAAGAUGAUGAGGAAAACGACAAUGUUAAACGGACUCGGACUAGAGCUCAUACAAAUGCCUCACCGAGAGGAAAUAGGACUAGGAAGUCAAAUUCGUCUCCGAGGCAUAAUUCUAGAAGUCGUGCUGGGGACAGGUCAGCUGGAGAAUCACAUAGUAAGAAAACUAAAAGAGUUUUGGCCAAACUUUCUACAAGGAAUGUCUAAACAUGAUUCCACAGGAGAUCGACGGAAUAGUCAAAUGUUUCUGAAGGCAGUGGCCAGUCAAACUUUCUACAAGGAAGACAUAUGUUCAGGUUCCCUUCUCACCUGAGUCUGCCUUCUCAAGUUAGCAUAUGACUAGGAAUUCGCUCAUGUAACAUUGUGGAUUUCCAUUGGAGGCCGAUAUGUCAUUAUCCGGUUCUAGCUUCAUGCAUCUGGAAAGUGGAAACUGAAGAUGUGGAUGGCCUUGGUUCUUUGACGUUCAAUGCAACAUAGUAAGACUCAAGUUCUUUGCAUGUGGAGCUAUCAUUGCACCUCCUCUGGCUCCAAGCCUUCUUCCUCUUUCUCUUCUUCUCAUCAUAUUUCUGCAAGGAAGCUCACAGCUGCUCUUUGGGAAUGCACUCACGACCUGGCCUCUUUCAGAAUGCACAACCACAAUGGCAAUCUUGGUAAUAUGCAUCGGGCUGUGCCGCCUCCAGAAGGACAAUGAUGGCAGUUGAGGCGGUGGCGGCGGGUUUGAGCUCUCACUUUUUGGCCAAUCUUUCUCCGAGUUCUCCAGAUCAAGUGCAUGUUGGUUUCUCGAUUAGUUUUUAUGAUCUGGGUUUGUGAUGGUUAGGAUUGUGAUUCUUGUUUGUUCUGGUUUAUCUGUAAGAGGGUUAUCUAUUGUGUUUUUGUUUUGGAUGUUUGUGUUUUGCUCCGUGUGUGAUCAUGGCCAUUCUGUCAUCACUGCUGGUAUGGUGAGUCCACUGAGGUUUUGUGUGAUUUGGCUGUUUUUGGUCUCUGUGCAGAGAUACACUCAUGAUUGUAUUUCGGUCUGCAUCUCUUUAUGAUCCUAAAAUGGCAUCAAUAUGGUCUCAAGCAGCUUCAGAUUGUUCAGAGUUUCAUUGAUCUCGACCCAUCUGUGCUUGGCUGCUCCAAUCAGUAGAGUACUUUUGUGUGUAAAAUAGGAAAAAUCGACAAAAAGAGCAGUCUAUUAUUUGGACAUCUUCUCCUUGAGAACUGUUGUGAAGGUUGCCCUCCUUGUUGGUCUGUACAUAUGAAUCAGUUUCAGCCAAGGUCUAGCUCAGCUAAUUGCACUUCAGAAGCUUUUAUUGGGUAUAGAUUUGUCUGCUUCUUUGCCUAGUUUCUCCGACAUCUGAAGGAAAUUAUGCUGUUGUCAUAUGAAUAUGAAUCACUGGAUAUCGGUACCC